AUGAAGUUUGGCAAAUAUUUGGCGUCUCGCCAACUCGAACUUCCGGAGUACUCGGGCCAUUUCAUUGAUUAUAAGGCAUUGAAGAAGCUCAUCAAACAGUUGGGUAUGCCUGCUGGAGGUCUCGAGUUUGGCGCUCCAUCGAGUCCUAGCCAGCUCCUGAUUCAACAAAAGUUGAAGGAAAAUAAGGCACUGUUCUUCUUUCGUGUGGAACGAGAGUUGGAAAAGGUAAACUCCUUCUAUUUGGAGAAACAAGCCAAUUUGGCAGUAACUUUGGACUUGAUUCUCAUGAAGAAGGAUGAACUCUUGUCUAAGAGUGCCGAGUUGGCACAAUCGUCCCUGGACGCAUCCACAUUGAAUUUCAAGAACUCCAUUUUGUUUUUGAAUUUAUACCAGAGUUUCAAAAAGAUCCACCAGGACUUGCUUCGAUUGCAACAAUUCAUUGAGCUCAACGAGGCUGGAUUCCUGAAAGUGGUCAAGAAAUGGGACAAACGUUCCAAGUCUCACACAAAAGAAUUGUUUUUGCAGACUGCUGUGAGUGUACAGCCUGUUUUCCAUAAGAAUGAGAUUAAUGAGUUGAGUGAUCUUGUCACUCUGUCUCUUUUUGACUUGGAGUCCAUAAUGGACGGCGAUUACACAGUUUUGAUCAAUUAUAAGGGUGCCUUUUCAGGUUCCACCGUCCCAAUUCCGGCCAGUGCAUCACUUACCAACUUGGGUGAAGAUUCCAUCAAACAGGAAAAGAACGGUCUGAGUGACGACAACGUGCCAUACGGAGGAGCUCGCCAUAACUCCAUCACGGGUUUUCAGAACAACGAGAUUGAUGAGCUUUACUCCAGUUUUGUAAAUGUGGCUACCAUUAAGGUUCCUGAUAUGUCCAUUUUAAGCAGAUGGAUUGAGAAGGUUAGGUCGUCGUCCAAAUUUGGGACAGGUGCUUCUGCUACAUACAAAAUGUCAAAGAUUUUCCAGCUUUCUGUGGGUAACUUGAAGAUCUCUGACACGUUUCUUGAGUCACUCUUGGAACUAAUCAAUUAUGACAUCGACUUUGAAUUCAUCUCUGAUGACUUCAACAACAGCAAAACAAUCAUUCACGAGUGUUGUUCUAUCCCACUAGCAUCCACUUUGGAAGAUGAUUCCCAUGUAAUCAUUAAUAACGGUGUCAAGGUUGUCAACUCGACCGACAGCAUCAACCAUUCCAGAGUGUUUAUUGUCAAUCACAUUAUCAAGACGUUGAACGCCGACUCACUUGCUAAUUUGCUUACUUGCAAAGAUUUCAAUGGCAGAAAUUGUUUACACUUUGCGUCUCAAAAUAACAGAAUGGAUCUAUUGGAGCUUCUACUUCCACACUUCCCCGAAUCUCACAUCGAUGAUUUAGACAACGAAAGUAUGUCUCCAUUGUUACUUGCCAUCAAAUAUGACCACUUUGAAGUGAUUCAAAUUCUCAUUCUGAAUGGCAGCAACUGCUUUCCAAAAUCCAAUAAAUCAAAGCUCCAAUACUUGCCUAUCAAUUACGCAUGCAAGUUCAGUGACUACAAGACAUUGGAGUAUUUAUUGAAAUCCAGCAGCUCCACUCCUGAACUCAUUAACAAACAAGAUGUGGAGGGACUUUUACCACUUCAUGUGAUUGCACGCUCUGGUAACUUCAAGCUAAUUAAGUUGUUGAUUCAGUUUGGUGCUGCAAUCAACCAGUUGGAUGGCUUCAAUAAAUGGCCACCAAUCUUCUACGCUGCUCUGGAGGGCCAUGUGAGAACCACCAAUGAAUUGAUCAAGUUUGGUGCUCAUUUGGACAUCGUGGAUGAGGAUGGCUACAAUGUUUUGUAUUACUGUGUCGUUGAGGGCCACAUUAAUGUUUUGAAUCAGUUAUUGGCCUAUAAGCAUGGCGUGAAUGGACAGUCUGAUCAUCAAAAACUUAUAACGACGCCGUCUCAAUCGGACGUACCUACCACUUUUGACAAGAACGUUUCCCAAGAGGCCGCAAUGUCCAUUCUCGACGAGGCUGAAGAUCUGGAAGAUAGUGGAGACGUCGAAAAGAACAUCGAUGCUAUUCCACAUUUGCAGCUUCCUCCACCAAUUUUGCCUUUGAGAAGAUACGGCCACAAUUUCCUCGAACAAAAAGUUUUGAUCGAAUUGAUCUUCCUCAAUGAUUCCAGAUGCAUCAACUUAUUCAAUUCUGCCACAGAUUUGAAGCCAGGAAGAAUCACAAUCACCUCAAACAUAUCCGAUAUUGUUCCAAGAAACAUUCUUUUGCCUGUUUCUGAUGGAGAUAAAGGUAGUACCAACUGCAUCUUCCAAACUGAGGUUGAUUCCCUCAAUGAAUUCCGCAUCGACUUUGAAAUCUUCCCCAAGUUUGGUACCCGGUUGAUAGCCAAAACUACUGCCUUGAACUUCUCACAGAUUGACACUUCAUCUCCUGAAAUCAACUCCAUUCUGUUGCCUCUUUUCGAUAUGAGAUUGAGAAACAUAGGCGAGUUGAAAUUCAACUAUCAAGUCAUUUUUCCCUUUGCUGGAACUUUGUUGGAAACCACCAAGUACGACACUUACUGGAAGUCGUCAACUGGGUUUUUCAAAAACAAACCUGCUGUCAAGUUUAAUGCCGCUGGCGGAUUAUCCCCUAAUAAUUUCUUGUCACCCUCAAGUUUCAAGACUAACCAAACUCAGAAUUUGACCUCGACAAUCAACCCCACGGCUAGUUCUCAAGAAAAUGGAGACCCAAAUGCAACACAAGCUGUGAGUACUACUUCUUCAUUUGUGACUGCUACUUCAUUGUCUGGUGAGUACUUGAGAAUCAAGGUCUGUUUGCUUAAUGACGGCACACCAGUAGUGUGCCCGCACUGGGCCAUUGCAGUUGCUGAGAACAUCGAAUUGUUCUUGCCCAAUUUGUCUUUGGACCAACUCAAAUCCAUGACUUCCAAAUUGUUUGACUACAAGAAGGUCAUGUCUGACUUAGCAAAAAUGACAGUUCAAGAGAUUUCCUAUGUCAAAAAACUUUUAAAGAUCAUCUAUCUUCCCUUAGAUAUCUUUUUGGACAUCUUGCAUGUUGACAUCAAUCUCAGUAUCGAGCUUGUGUUCCCUUCUCUCUAUGAGUUGGACAACAUUCCUUUUGCAGGUAAUAUUCAACUGAACUUGAACUCGUUCAUCGAUCUGACUUUGAAUAAAGUUUUCAACCAUAUCAGAACGCUGAAGGUUGGACAGCACCAUGGAAGUCGCUCAUUGAUCUUCUUGUCGUCAAACUCCAUUGUUUGUAAGAUCUUGAACUGGAAGCAACCUAACUUUCCGGUUUUCUUGAUCAUGAAUGGAAUUGUAUUCAAUAACUCCAAGAAGAGCUUCGAAGCGAGAACCGCCAAUGGCCUUCUCAUGAACGAUUUGGAGAAUGAAGAUUCAGCCAAGUCAUUAAUACAGGAGAGAACAAACUCACGCUCUGCUCAGAGCAAGUUGAAGCAUCAGUUGUUGGCCAAUGACCAGGAGCUAACCAUUCGAUCGAUCAAGGAUGCUGUUAAUUUCACGAUUGAUAACAAUUUGAUUGGAAUUAUCACAUCUAUUCAAUUGCUUAAUUUGGUGCCAAAACUCAUCCCAUUGAUUCGCUCCAGAGGGUUAGUGUUGGUGGCAUCAAAUGACAUUUUCGACCCCGAGGAUGAUGAUCAUUUCUCAUACAAGGAGUUGGACACAUACAAUAGAACAGAGAUCAAUGGAUUAAGAUUUGAUGAUGUUCUUAGCUUUAAGGAGGACUCAGACAUGGCCUAA